AUGUCGCUUUUUAGAAUUGGGGGUGCCGCUACCCUUCGCGCUAGCAGAAUUGCUGCCCCUGUCAAUGCGCGCUUCGUCUCCAAUGGCGCCAAGGGCGUUCCUUCCGUGAAGACCACCCCGUCGGAGGCUCCCACCACGACUCACUCCGGCAGCUCUUUGAUCAACAAGGAGAGUCCCUCCGAGGCUAUGGCCCGUCACCAGCCAGAUUAUGAGGCCACCAUCGACCACGGCACCUCGCAAUUCUCUCCGGUGCCCAAGCGUGUCAUGGAUGGCAGCGAGCCGGGUGACUCCCUCCCCGCCGCCGUUCUCUCCGGGGCCCCUACCGAUCUCCAGGCCCGUACUGUGCGCAUCUACCGCCCCACAAAGGCCGCAACUCAGUCUGGUACCUGGCACCAGCACCAUUGGCGCAUGGAUUGGGAUAUCUUGCAGCGGGGUCACCGCUGGGAGAACCCUCUCAUGGGCUGGCAAUCGUCCGCCGACGGAAUGCAGGGAACCAACAUCAAGUUCAAGUCCAAGGAAGACGCCAUUGCUUUUGCCCAGAAGCAGGGCUACGAAUACUUUGUCCAGGAGCCAAACGAGCGCCGUUUCGUGCCCAAGGCCUAUGCCAACAACUUCCUUCACGAACCCAAGAAGAUCAAGCACAUCAAGACCAAAUGA